CAAUUGCAUAACCCCCCCAUACACACCCAGACAGACACGUCCUGCACUGCUCUGCCUGGGGACUAAGCCCUUCUUUCUUGGUGCGCGUGCUGUAAGAGGGCGCCGCAACUGCAUCUUACGCGACAGACAGGCAUCUCCCUGUACCGCUCGCAGACUCUUUGCAUACCUUCUCUUGGCUUCAUCAGGGUCGGCAGCCCCAUCUACGCUGCUUCGACAAGUGCGCCUUCCUUUGAAAUAGCUCUCAGUGAGUGUACAGCUCAGCAGUCUCAGCGUCAGUGCGACCUUCGUCAACAUAGCAACAUCAUGAACAGGCGCAAUUCACUACAAAGCUAUGCGUCGAGUGAGAAGACAAACAAGCGCCAAAGUAUAACGGCCAUGUACUCUGUUGUUGCAGCACAAGAGGACCAGGACGUGGAAGAUGAGCUGUCGCGAGCGCAAAAGAAGCUGCGUAAGCUCAAAGCCAACAUCUCAUCCCAGUCCAAGAAGAACUUUGUUCUUGAGCGCGACGUUCGCUACUUGGAUUCACGCAUCGCGCUUCUGAUUCAGAACCGAAUGGCCUUGGAUGAGCAAAAUGAGAUUGUUUCGCAGCUUGAAGAAUCAACAGACGUACAACUUGGAUCGUUCCCCGAUGACAGGAAACUACAACAGCAAUACGGCAACCUGUUCUGUCUGCUACAGUCAGAGCCUAGGCAUAUUGCAAAUUUGACAAGGCUUGUAUCACUAGGCGAAAUUGAUCAGCUACUCCAGACUGUCAUGUUUACAAUUUACGGUAAUCAGUACGAGUCUCGCGAAGAGAAUCUCCUCUUGACCAUGUUUCAAACAGUUCUCUCCGCUCAAUUCGAAAGCUCAUCAGAGUACACCAAUCUGCUCAGGGCAAACACACCCGUUUCGAGAAUGAUGACCACUUACACUCGGCGGGGACCCGGUCAGCAAUAUCUCAAAUCUGUCCUCUCAGAGCGCAUCAACUCUCUGAUAGAGCAUCGGAAUCUCAACUUGGAGAUCAAUCCACUCAAAGUGUACGAGCAGAUGAUUGAGCAGGUCACCGCAGAAACUGGCAGCGAACCUGAUGCGCUACCUCGCGUCGUUGCACCAGAGCAAAUCACGACCAACAAGGAUGUCAUUGCCAUCAUGACACCACGCUAUCUCAUGCUGAUCGAAAUCGCUAACACAAUGCUCACAACCAUCAUUGACAAUUUGAGCAACAUCCCCUACGGAAUCCGCUGGAUUUGCAAGCAGAUCAAGCAGUUGACACGGCGCAAGUUCCCUGAGGCGAGUGAACAAAUCAUUUCGUCAUUGAUUGGCGCGUUCUUCUUUUUGCGCUUCAUCAAUCCUGCGAUAGUUACGCCUUCGGGUUACAUGCUCGUCGAUUCUCCUCCUGGCGAUAACCCACGGCGGACGCUUACGCUGAUUGCAAAGCUACUACAGAAUGUCGUCAAUCAGCCAACGCACAACAAGGAGCCGUACAUCACGCCCCUGCAGCCUUUUGUCGACGACAAUGCGCAGCGCGUCAUCAAAUUUCUGAAUGAUGUCUGUGAGGUGCCAGACUUUUAUGAGACACUUGAGAUGGAUCAAUAUAUCGCCCUGUCAAAGAAGGAUCUCUCACUGGAUAUCACCCUCAAUGAGGUCUACAGCAUGCAUUUCCUGCUUGAGAAGCACAUCGACCAUCUUGCUCCAGACAAGGCCAACCAUUUGCGAAUUCUGAUCAAGGAAGUGGGUGGCGCACCUCCUCAAGUUUUGCGUUCGGAAAAUAGGUCCAUCAUCUUGCCACUAUUCAGUCGCUGGGAGACGCCAAUAGCAGACAUCACCCACUCACUCGACAUCACUCAGCAUGAUCUCCUCUUCAUGGAAACCAAAUCCACCUUUGUACAAAUACUGCGGUCGCUUCCAGAGGAUUCUCCAGCGUCAAAAGGCCCUCUCAACCUGGCAGUCGUCGCGGAUACAGCUGCCCAGACAAGGGAUGGCGCUGUUGUGCGUCGUGGAAUUCGAGCUUUGGAUAUGCUGCGUGACUUAGCAGAUGCAGGGCUGGUAGAUCCCAAUGAUCGUUACAACCCAUUGACUGGCGAAGUUGAAGAAGAGAUUGCGCACCUGGGCUCAAUUCGAGAAAAGGUUGUAACGGAAAUGACAUCGUUGCAAGCAGUCUACAAAACCAUAUGCGAUCACAACGACUACCUCAAAAAUCAAUUGGACACAUAUAGAGCCUAUCUGCUCAACGUUCGGGAGCAAGCUGGUGGUUCUAAGGGCUCUGAGGCUCUCACGCGCGGCAUUGGAGUUGUUGCUGUGAGUGGCAAGCAGAAGAAGCAAGCGAAAACGGUGAUUGGUCCGUUCAAGUACUCGCAUGGCCACCUGGAAAGGGACGGCGUUAUUGCUUCUUCAAACAUCCCGGCAAAUCGUCGGUCAAACAUCUACUUCAACAUCAGUUCACCCAACCCGGGCACCUUUGUCAUUUCCCUGCAUUACAAGGGACGCAACCGUGGGCUGCUCGAGCUGGAUCUCAAGCUGGAUGAUCUUUUGGAAAUGCAGCAGAACAAUGUUCAGCUACUUGAUCUCGAAUACGUACAUUUCAAUGUUGCUCGGAUACUUGGAAUGCUAAAUGCCAAGCCUUUCCAGCGCUGA